AGAAAAGAGAAAAAGGGAGGAUUUUUUGGGGGGAGUCUGAUGUGCUUUUUUUUUGUCUCCUCUCCUUCUUCCGAUCGCUUUCUCGUCUCCAGCCUCCCCUGUCUUCCUCUUCUGGAGUAUUCAUGUCUGCUUUUAGGAGGCUUUAAAUGCUGAACUUGAUGGGUGUUGUAAACGCCACCGCCGCCAAUGUCUCCUGUACUUGUAACUGCAAGCGCUUCACCUCCCUCCAGAGCAUGGAAAUCACCCAGCUGGAGUUCGUCCAGAUCCUGGUGAUCGUGGUGGUGAUGAUGGUGAUGGUGGUGGUCAUCACCUGUCUGCUGAACCACUACCGCCUAUCAGCACGCUCCCUCCUCUCCAGACACGCCCCUGCACGCAGGAGACACCUGCCAUUGGCCAACGAGGCAGGUCUGUGGUCUUCUGAGGCGACAGGGACAACCAGUGGUCUUAAUGAGCACCAGGUGUAUAACCCCCGGCCUCCAGACAGAGGGGUCCCCUCGUCCUACCUUCAGCGGGAGCCCCAGUCCCAGCCCCAGCCUCCGCUCCAGUCCCAGCGCUUCCAGAACACAUACGCCCCGAGUCGCUUCCAGCCGACAUAUCCCUACCUGCCCCAGAGUCUCAUCGAUCUUCCCCCCACCAUCUGCCUCUCGGACGGAGAGGAGCCCCCGCCGUACCAGGGCCUCUGCACCCUGCAGCUACGAGACCCAGAGCAACAGAUGGAGCUGAACCGCGAGUCGGUCAGAGCACCGCCCAACCGAACAGUGUUCGACUCCCACUCCCUCAACCCAUCCAGCUCCUGUCUGCAGGCCAGUCUGCAGGCCCCUCCUCCGAGCGUCCAUUCAGGCGUCAGUGUGUUAGAAGCCCAGGAGGCCUUGUCCCGGCAUCAGAAGCAGGGCUCUCGAGUAGAAGGAGCUCCCCCGACCUACAGCGAGGUGAUCGGGCACUACUACCACCCGACAUCCCUGACCCCCAGCCACAACCAUCGGACUGUAUCGUCCUCGCUAGCACCCCCGUCCUCAUUCAUACACGGCCUGCUCCGACCUCCACCUCAGCAGCAAGGAAGUGUGGACAACAGGAAUGCAAGGAACACGAAGGAGAAAUCCCAGAAGCCUCAGCAGGUGUGACAGUACUGCUUCCUUAUUCCUAGCCUGCGGGGGGAAAAACAGGAUUUUUUGUCUGCUCGCCACCUGGCAUGUGGUCAGUAGCCAAUGAGGAACAGCCUGGUGAAUGGUAGAAAUCCACUCUGAAUGGUUUAAGGGCUGAUUCUCGUUAGUUGUAGUUGUAGCUGACAUGUGGUCAGUUUCACAGUUUCCCCACUUCACGGAUCGGGCUAGGACUGAAGAAGCAUUUCCUGUCCGAGGAGCACGUCAGAUGAACCGAUGAUGUCAGAGAUGGAGGGCAGAAGGUGCAAAGGGAAGGGUGGAGAUAAGCCUCCUCCUUCCCUUAAACAACUCCACAUCACCCCCCUCCAUUAGACUGAUCUAAACUAGUCUUCAUUCAUUAUACAUAUUUACUCGUUCUGUUUGUUUCUAUAGAACUUUUGAACGUUUGUUUGUUCGUCUUUUUCGCGCUUACAAAAAAUCUUUCUAUCCAGGCAAAUGGCGAAAUGUUGCAAUCUUGUUGUUUUCUUCCAGGUUUUGUUUUCUAUUGAUAACCCCCCUCGCUGCUUUGACGUCAUUUAGUUCGGUUUCAAGAUCACAACUGCUUAGUAACCAACGUUGGCAGUGGCUCCUGCAUCGGGCGUUAGCUGGGUCACCGGGACACGUCAGCGCGUUGGGCUACACUUCCACAAAGACAUUUAGUUACAGUAUCUUAAACUAGCUUACCAGUCGGAGCACAGUGCUCGAGCUAAUCCUUCUGCCUUAUAUCGACCAACCGAUGCAGGAGUUGUCGCUAAAAUCCUUUUUAAGUUUUAGUUUUCUAAAGAAGGUUUGCACAAAGUUCAAAACUCUUCACCACAGAAACAAUAUGAUUGAUGAGAGAGAAAACGGAGAAAGUAGGGGUAUUUUUCUAAACUUGAUAGAUUCUUAUGAGUAAAGAUGUUGUUUUUUUGUGUUUUUAUAUGUUGUCUAGUUUUUAGAAAAAGAAACAUCAUUAAUCUGUUGGGGUGCCAACUUUCACGUUGAACAUUUUGCUACAUACAUGUUGGCAUGUAUUACAUUUUGAGUAUAUAUACACACAUCGAGAGCGAAAUUAAAAGCACGAAUUUAGAGUUAUUUAUAUAAUUGCUGAAAAGAAUUGCACUAUUUUUUAGUAUGCGCAGAUGGAGUGUGUGGGAGAGACCUUUAUUGUGGAGGAGCUCUGUCUAUUGAGGCGUACACAUAACGGGAGACCUAAAAACCACAGGAACUUACCAGAGGGUCGGACCCAGCUCAGUGCACAGCAGCCAGUAUCACCAAAACUUAUCAUGGGCAGAUUCUGACUUGGGUUCAACGGACUCGGAUCUACCAUUACUGUGCCAUUGAUAUAAAAAAAAACAAAUCCCUCACUUAUGCAAAUGUCC